AUGUCUGGAGGCUUUUGUUGUCCAUCUACUUGUGGUUUUGCCAAAGUAGCAGCAGUAACUGCUUCAAAGAAAGCAAAAGAGCAGAUAAAGAGAUGUAAUGGCGCCAAAUCUGACGAGGUACGAGRACGGUACAAUUUCUUUUGCCAAGUGUUUCAAGACAGCUCAAGCUCCUUUAAUAUCGACAUAAACACAUUUAACAAGCGAUUCUUGGCUCUUGAAAGUGUGGUAAAGAAAUGGAAUCCACGAAAGAAGCUAGAGAAGAAACUAUACUUUGAAGGAUUCUCAAUCGAUCGUUGGCUUUCCCUCUCAAAUGCCAGAAAACAGCAACAUUCAUUUACUAAUUGUAAAGGCUGCUUCCAGAAUUUUGCUGAUAUAAGAGCAUUGUUUCCCGUAAAGAAUCCUCGCCUGAAAGUUAAAGGGAAAGAAAACCCAUUUAGAUUGAUUACAGACCUACAUGUACAUGUAACCMMAAGCAGUGACAACACAAUCAAGCCCAAACAGGAAAUAGUUACAAAUGCAGCUAGGAAACUUUUUCAAGAGAUCAAUCCUAUUUUCAAUAAGUGGGCUGGGUGUUCUCUUGGUCAAGCUUUGUCAAAAGUCCMAGAAGCAAAUGUUGAAGUGAAAAAAUCCAAAACUGAGAGAAAAAAGAUCCACAGAAAUUUAAUGAGAACAGCAAGAAAUACAGUUGAAUCUCAGUGGAAAAAAACAUCAAUGCAAAGAUGCUUUGGAAAUCGCCAGUCAUAUGCUUCUCGACAAAGGGAGAGACUUGCCUCCUGCUAUGAAUCAAAAAAACAAGCAAAAGAGAGACAUAUCAGCCAGAGAAAAAGUGAAAAAAAGAAAAAACACACAGGGCCAGCAAACACACAAUGUAUCGACAUCAAAGCCCUAACUGCAGAAGUUAAAGCACAGCAAGAGGGCACAAUUAUCAAUUGGAGUGACUUAGCAAGGAAGUACAACAUUKUAAAUAAAAGAAGAUCACCGGCAAAGAAUGGGGGGCAAGUUAUUCAAGACAUACUUCUAAGCCAAGAGGUCGAUGUCAACAAAUAUAAGAAGCCCACUAAUGAACGCAUUAGAAGAAAAAAAUUAAAAGGAAGUGGAGGAGAGAUUUCUGUGCCGACACCAGAAUCCAAUGGCUCUAUAAAAAGGACUCUURAAGCAAAGAUCGAAGAAGGCGAAAUCAAAAUAGGUGAAUUAAUAGUUCCCAAGAGAUUUAAAAAGCUAAUUCUAGACAAAGAUAACAAAGAAAUAAGGGUCACAGAAUUCACUGUAGAGGGAAGGAAAAUUCCAUUAGAAGACAUCAGGAAAGAUACAUUGGAGAAGAGUAGAUGUUUUAUGCGGUAUCAAUCUGAUGAAUUCUACAAUGAAAUGAGAGAAGAAGAUGUCAUACAGAGACUCAAAUACCUUCUUGGAGAAUUUAAUCCAGUUGAAGAACUCUCAAUUUUAGAGCUGAAGGAAAAACUUAAAUGUCUAGAAAGAACCAGACACUUGAUGAUAUGGCAUGACCAUUCCACAAUAGCCAACCAUGGCCAUCUUCUCUUCCUGGUGUCCAUUUUGUAUGAUCCUGCCAUCCACUUGACAUCUGAGGAAUAUAAAGAAAAGACUGGUCAAGAAGUUAACAUCCAGGAAGAAGUAGAACGCCCUCAGCUAUAUAUUAUUGCAAGGUGUGUNAGAAUGUCUGUCCUUUCACUUCAACAACGUCAGAAGCUAAUAACAGAUGGCCCCAUUACCUUAAAAAAUUCCCUGUUAAAGAAGGCAAAUCCCUGCUCUGGCCUAUCAAAGGAAGAUCUACAAAAAGAGCUUAGUUCCAGACGAAUACAGUGUCCCAAGGAUGACAAGGACAGCCUUCAAAAGGAAGUAACCCAUCACCUACAUGGCCAAAAAAGAGUCCCUGCCCUUCUCUACKUCUCCCCAACAGCCACAUUGGAGGAGCUUAAUAUCAUAGGAUAUGAAGUUCUUCCAUGUGAGCCAAUGCACGAUCUGGCUGGUCACAUAAGCAAUGUCCUACAAGAACUACCACAUCACUUSACAGAAACUGAAGGCGAAUUGUUGAAGGAAACAGUCAAACUGUCGACUGAGGGAAAAGAAAAGAAACGAGCAUGUGACCAYCGGUAUUCAAUAAUUGCUGUAUCGUCACGCAUGAGAGGGCAUGUGACACGGAAAGUCCAGCAAUUAAUCGACACCCUUGUUGAUAUGCAACAAAUCCUCUACCAAGGUGAAGAUGAACGCUGCCCAAGAAUGGUCCUCAGUUUUGGGAUUUAA